UUUCAAGGCAAACCUAUUUUAAUGCCGGCGUCUGUCCUCUGUGUAGAACCUAAAGGAACGUGUGUGAAGUCUUCAUGAAAAAGUGAAUUGUUUUCAAUCGCCAGCACCAUGUCCUGUGCUCAUUUGUCAUCGUUCAAAACCAAUCAUGGAAUUGACUCGUACAUUCGUCUCCACCGUGCCCUUAUUACUCCGUUAUCGGCAUUGGGACGGAGUCAAUCUGCAUUGAUGCGUCAGUGCACCAAAUGCAGCGAGAGAAUGAAGCAAUCUGUCCUUCAGUGUUGCCUCCAUUGCAUCUAUAUUGGUUGCCAUGAUCCCAAGAAUGGCCAAGAUCACUUUGGACCACAUCAAAGGGAACGCAUACACAACCUCUCUGUGGAACUGACGUGCGGGCAAGUGUUUUGCCAUGUGUGCGGGGACUACGUGUACGAUGAAGAGUUGGAAGCCCUCAACGACCAUCGGUUCAACCAAUACCAUGUUUCUUUGGGUCUAGGGGUCAAGUUCCAGCCUUGGAAAGCCUCGCAACAGGAGAUCUCAUUGCUCAAGAAACACAAGAAACGGAAAGUGUUGUCCUCCUCGCCCACGGUGGGCCUUCGUGGCUUGGUCAAUCUGGGAAACACGUGCUUCAUGUCGGUGAUUGUCCAAUCUUUGAUUCACACCCCGCUACUCAGAGACUAUUUCUUGUCAGACCGUCAUAUUUGCUCGCAAGAGGAUAACAAAGAGCAAUGCAUUGUGUGCGAAAUAUCCAGGUUGUUCCAGGAAUUCUAUUCAGGUGCCAAAAGCCCUUUGGUACCCCAUGUUCUUCUUCACAUGACCUGGACCCACGCCCACCAUUUGGCCGGUUAUGAGCAGCAAGAUGCCCACGAGUUCUUCAUCGCGACUCUGGAUCUCCUUCAUCGACAUUUGAUCCGCCGGACUGACGUGAACCCGUCCAAUUGUGACUGUAUUGUCGACACCAUCUUCACGGGAAAACUCCAGUCAGAUGUGGUUUGUCAGGCCUGUCGCAAUGUCUCCACGACAAUCGAUCCAUUUUGGGACAUCUCGCUGGAUCUGCCCACGGUAUUACCUCAAAAUCAAGUAGGACCCGUGUCCUUGCAUCAUUGCUUGGAACGCUUUACCAAACCUGAACAUCUUGGAUCCACGGCCAAGAUCAAAUGCUCCAUUUGCAAGUCUUAUCAAGAGUCCACGAAACAACUCACCAUGAAGAAACUGCCUAUUGUGGCCAGUUUCCACUUGAAACGCUUCGAACAUUCUUCCAGACUCCACAAGAAGAUCACGACCCGAGUGGCAUUCCCGGAACACCUUGAUAUGUCACCCUUUGUCUCUCAUAUGCGUAAUAGCAAAUCCGAAACCGGUGGUUCUUCUAGCUCGAGUUCCACUUCAUCCAAUGACGCUCUUACGGAUUCACCCAUUCGGAACAAUCGUUAUACCCUUUUCGCCGUCAUCAACCACAUUGGAACCAUAGAGGCCGGUCAUUACAUGUCGUACAUUAGGCAACAUCGCGAUAAGUGGUAUCUGUGUAAUGAUCAUCAAAUUGUUCCUGCCUCCAUCCAUGAUGUCUUGGAUAGCGAAGGAUACCUCUUAUUUUAUCACAAACAAAGAUUGGAGUACAGUUAACCGUGAAUUGAUAUGCAAAUCCGUGUUGUGGUCUAGGUGGGAAAAACUGGAUUAAAUCAUUCAUGAAAUGAA